AGGUUUACCAUGAUAAGUCUUUCGAUGCAAAGUCUACGAGACCGCCAUUCCUGGACCCUUUUUAGGAUCACCCAAGAUCAACUAGCCGACAUCGGGGCUCUCGAGAAAAUGCUUAUAGCUCCUGAGUUGUAGGAGAUAGCGAGUUAAGACUGGUCUAGAAUUGUAGAUCUCGGUUCGGGCUAUCGAUUGCACUGUUUGAACAUCAAAAUCCAUCGUAGGGUCCAGGAAUGGCGGUCUCGUAGACUUUGCAUCGAAAGACUUAUCAUGGUAAACCUUAUCUGGAAGCCUAGUUUUUACAUACACUUACGUCCUCCGAUGUUCUCUAUCCAACAGUGAAAACCGCAUGUCUUCGUUCAAAUGUGAUAAGCAUUCUGCCGAGCCGUCUCGUUUUCAGAAAAGGAUAAUACCUUCUUUCUUUUUUACAAAUUAAGAACAGCGCUAUUAAGAGUAUAUCAUUCGUUAAAAGCUACCUGUUUAGCUGUAUCACGUUUUUUCGAGUAUGAGUAGCUUUAGAAUUAAUUUCGAUUUUUAUACUUUUACUCGUUUAAGAACGAUAUACCGUCCGUGAAGUUCGUAUUCAUGUACGUCAUGUAAAUGAACUAAUUCAUGCUUGUGAUCCCGUUGAUCUGUAUAAUGGUACAAAUGGUUAUUCGUUGUGUGUGGUGAAUGACAUCACAAAUGGAGAUAUCUUUUCAUCAUCUACAUCAAAUUCGAAUGAGCGACGCUUUCCACGUCAAGACUCGUCACUGAAAUCGGAUGUAUUAAAUUCAUCAUCUUCAUCUUCAAAUGGAAUCGAAUUUAAUGUACCCGAAUAUCUAUUACCAAACCAAAAAGAUAUUUUCCUAGCACCGUUAUUUACGACAAACAUAAAAAUUAGACCGUUACAAUGUCUGAAAGUAUUAUCCUAUAGUGGAUGGAAUCCUCCUACAGGCUCUCGAAAAUUACACGGUGAUUUAAUGUAUUUACAAGUAACAACAUGUGAAGAGAAACCAUUUCAUAUAACAGCUUGUACCAAAGGCUUUUUUGUUAGUCAAACAACUGAUGAACGAUUUAUGCCAAAACCUGUGCAACCUAAACAAGUUUAUCAUUCUCUAGUUGAUUUAUUAAAUAGUAUUAGUCCAAUAUUUAAAAAAAAUUUUCAAUCGAUUCAACGUCGACGAUGUACAAAGCAUCCAUUUGAACGAAUUCAAAUUCCAUAUCAGAUCCAUCCAUGGUUAUCACCACGUUUUGAACAUACAAUAGAUUUUUUUCGCGCUGAAGAUGCUAACAUUAAUAAAUUGGGUCACGAAGAUCAUAUACCUGGUCAAGUUCGUGAUUGGAAUGAAGAAUUACAAAUAACAAAAGAAUUGCCGAAAAGAAGUUUACCAGAAAGAUUAGUUCGAGAACGGGCAAUGUUUAAAGUUCAUUGUGAUUUUGUAUCAGCAGCUAUACGUGGAUGUCAAGCUGUUGUAGAUGGAAAUAUAAUGGCAAUUAAUCCAGGAGAAGAAUCAAAAGUUCACAUGUUUAUUUGGAAUAAUAUGUUUUUUAGUCUUGGUUUUGAUGUUAAAGAUCAUUAUAAAGAUUUUGGAGGUGAUGCAGCUGCACAUGUGGCACCGACAAAUGAUUUACAAGGUGUUCGAGCAAUAAACACGUUAGAUAUCGAUGGUUUACACACACUUGGUACAGUUGUUGUCGAUUAUAAAGGAUUACGAGUUACAGCACAAUCUAUUGUACCAGGUAUACUUGAGAAAGAACAAGAACAAAGUGUUGUUUAUGGGUCCACUGAUUUUGGAAAAACUUGUACAACGAGCGAAAAAUAUCGAGAGUUGUUGGAAAAGGUAGCAUCCUUACUCAAAAUAAAACCACAUACAAUCAAAACUGAAAAAGGUGAUUUAGUUGAAUUAUAUACGGCUGUCGAAUGUAAAGGAAUUAUUGGAAACGAUGGAAGACAUUAUUUACUCGAUUUAUUGCGAAUGAUGCCACCAGAUCUUAACUAUUUACCGGUUGAAACUGAACAAUUAUCUCCCGCUUUGACACAAUUAGAUUAUCCAAAAACAUUUUCACAUCGUCUAUGUUGUCUACGUCAAGAAUUAAUUGAUGCGUUCAUCGAGCAAAAAUAUGUUGACUUUUAUCGUUCGAUUGCAUUAAAUUUAUCAAAAUUAAGAACAAGUGAGGUAAAUGAUGGAAAAUAUCAGCACUUAAUUGGCUCUCCGUUUGAAGUGUUUCUAACAAACGAUACAUCAUCGGAACAACGAAAUAAUGUUGAAAAAGCAAAACGUAUUGUAAAUGAAAUUAGUGUUGAAGAUAAUAGCCGUGAAAUUAUUUUGUCAGCUUGUCGUUCAAUUGGUUCAGUUAAAGAAAAUGAAUUUGAUGUUCGAUUUAAUUCAGAUUUAUUUCAACCACAUGUUACUCUAAAUCAAACACUUGCUGAAACUUCGGCCGAUAUCAAAUUAUUGAAAGAAGCUGGUGAAUAUCUUUUAUUAAAACAGAUUCCAUUAAUGUUACAAGAUUUUCAAGAUCAUUCAGCGGUACCAGUUGAUGGUGAAAGUUUAUCGGAAGCCAUGCAUUCAAGAGGUAUUAAUAUUCGGUAUCUUGGACGUGUAGCAAAUUUACUUAGUCAACAACCAUCAUUAGAAUAUGUCUAUGAAAUUGUUGUUACCGAAAUAUUAUGUCGCUGUACAAAACAUACCUUUCGUUUCUACAUUCAAACAGUGCCUACUCAUUUAAUAGCCUAUUCUAUCAGCCAUUUUCUUAACUGUCUACUCACCAAAACCACAACUACCAUACCAGAAAAUCUGAAUGAUGAUACACCAACAAUUAAUCAUACAAAUGGAACAACGAAUGGAAAUGGUAAUGGACUUACAAUGGUAACAUCAACACAAAAAUCCACAAAUAAAAAGAAAAACAAAAAACAACAACGAAAACAUAGUCCAGUUACAAUACAAAAUGAUUCAUUAGAUUUUUCUUCAUUAACAUCAAAAACUCUUUGGAUACAAUUGUGUAAUGAAGCUAAAACAAGAUAUAGUUUUGAUUUAAACUGUGAUGACAUUGAUAGUUUUCAAGAACAUUAUCAUAUUCGUCGUACAUGCAUACUACGUUCAUUUUGCCUUAAAAUUGGUUUGCAGUUAUCGUUAAGAGAAUAUCAGUUUGAUUCCGUGAUGUCACCGACAACAACAAAAAAUACACCGACAAAUUCAUCUAUCACACCAUGUUUCAAUGAGGAUGAUAUUAUCAAUUUAUAUCCAGUUAUCAAACAUGUUGCACCAAAACCAAGUGAUGCUUAUCAAUUUUUUACAACUGGUCAAUCAAAAAUUCAACAGGGUUUAUUACGUGAAGGAUAUGAAUUGAUAUCGGAAGCGCAUAAUCUUUUGAAUAAUGUCUAUGGUCCAAUGCAUUCAGAAAUUAGCAUGUGUUUAAGAUUAUUAGCUAGAUUAAAUUAUAUAAUGGGCGAUUAUCAAGAAGCACUUUAUACGCAACACAAAGCUGUUAUGAUGUCAGAAAGAGUGCUCGGUAUUGACCAUCCACAAACAGCCACCGAAUAUAUUCAUAUGGCAUUAUAUUCAUUUGCUAAUGGACAUUCAACAAACGCAUCAAAAUUAUUAUGCCGAGCAAGAUAUAUUAUUUUAGCUUGUUGUGGAGAAAAUCAUCCACAAAUUAGUUUAAUUGAUAGUAAUCUUGGCUUGAUACUACAAUCACACGGAGAUUAUGAUAAUGCAUUGAAGUUUAUGGAAAAAUCAUUAGAACUAAAUAAAAAAUUUUAUGGUGCUAAAAGUUUAAAAGUAGCUUUAUCUCAUCAUCUAUGUGCUCGAAUUCAAUCAUGUCGUGGUGAUUUUCGUUCAGCAUUAAGCAGUGAACGUGAAGCAUAUCAAAUUUAUAAAUUACAACUGGGCGAUGAUCAUGAGCGUACACGUGAAAGUGCUCAAGUACUGAAACAUUUAACCGAACAAGCUGUUGUAUUACAAAAACGAAUGAAUGAUGUUGUUAAAGGACAACUAAUUUUAUUUCCAAGCAUAACGAUUCAACAACCAAGUUUUCAAAAUGUUCUUGAAAUGUUAAAUGUUGUAAAUGGUAUAUUAUUUAUACAAAUCAGGGAAAAAGAUUUGGAUUUAUUACGUGAAGAAUUAGCUAAACAAUCGUUAGUAGAAGAACAUCCACAACAACAAUCAGAACAGAUACUUUCACCAGCCAUUUUAGCAGCAAACGAAGCAGAAGCAUUAAUGAAUGAAAUUGAUUGA